GGGUCACCAGGCAUCAGGUCAUUUGGCUUGCCAGCGGGCACCGCGUCAUCUGGCAAGGCAGUGGGCACCGGGUCACCAGGCAUUGGAUCGUCUGGCUCGACAGCUGGCAUCGGGUCAUCAGGUAUGACAGCGGGCACUGGGUCACCAGGCAUCAGGUCAUUUGGCUCGCCAGCGGGCACCGCGUCAUCUGGCAAGGCAGUGGGCACCGAGUCACCAGGUACCGGAUCAUCUGGGAUCAACAGCGGGCAUCGAGUCAACUGGCCUAAUAGGAUCAUCAGGCUGGAUCAGUUCAUCAUGCUGGGUAGAGGCAUCAGGCUGAGUGGA